AAGACAACUGAGCGCUUAAGAGAAAAAUGUCUAUUAAGAAACUGUGGGUGAUACCAAAGGAUGGUUACUUAUUACUUCUUGACUUUGAUUCAGAUGAAGAAGAAGAGCAGGCUCAUUCUGAAGUAAAGAGGCCAGCAUUUGGCAAACAUGAGAAUAUGCCGCCUCACGUAGAAGCAGAUGAAAAUAUAAGAGAUGAACAAGACACUAUGUUGAAUAAAUCUGGAGAAAACGUAAGUUUCUCAGAGGAAUGGCAGCGUUUUGCACGUUCUGUAGAGACACCAAUGGAAAACUGGAAUUUGUUAAGUGGUGAACAGCAAGUUAGGAAUGCUUCAGAAUUGGACCUUAUGGAAGUACAGAAUCCAGUAACUCAUGAUGAUGGGAAUGCAAAUCCUGAAGAAGUAGUUGGAGAUAUACGAAAGAAGAUCAACAACAAAUUGUGUGAGCAGAAGUUUGAUAUGGAUAUACAGAAAUUCAAUGAAGAACAAGGAAAAUCAGUGAACAAUUAUCAAAAAGAACAACAAGCAUUAAAACUGUCCGAAUGUAGUCAGAGUCCGACCCUGGAAGCAAUUGAAGACAUGCAUGAGAAGUCCAUGGAGGGUUUGAUGAACAUGGAGACCAACAACUAUGAUAUGCUUUUUGAUGUAGAUGGUGAAGAGACAUUAUGAAGCAUACUCUGAAGUACUCUUCUCUUUUCCCAUCUUCAGACUAAUGAAGCAUACAUAUUUCUCACUUGCUGGUACAUUGUAACCAAAUAAAAAAUUCACUAACAUUUUUGUCUCCUAUGAAACAGAGUUUGAAAGGCUCUUUAAUCCUUGUAAUUCUGAAGAUUCUAAGAAGGAAGUUAACCCCCGUGAAGUGAUUACAAAGUUAAAUAGGAGGUAUACCUUCAGAGUCAAAAUAGAACUCCUUUAUUUUUAAACAUCUUUAAUCAUUUUCUUAUUUAAGUGUAAGAGCCUCUUUAUAUUAAAUUCCAAACAAAAUCUAAAUGAAU